AGGUUGGUUAUCAUCAUUGGGAUCUUGACUUCUUUUUGCAGUUUAUAUAAAUUAUUACCCUAUAGCCCUAUAUCUACCCCCCAUAUUAUUCUCUAGUUUGAUCCAAUCCAACCGUAUGCAUUUUUUAAACUAACUUGUAGCUUCAGCAAAUAUGAGUCUCAAGAAACUAGCAUUCACCUUCUUGACUCCUAGUUGUUUCAAGGCCAACAAACCAAUUGCAGAUCAAAAAUCCCAAACGUCGAAAGAAAUCUCAUUGCGGAGAUUGUCACUCUCGGAUUUGAGUAACUCAUCGGUAUGCACAGUCCUCAGUGAUCUGUCAAAUUCACUUAUUGGCUCAAACCUUCAUAUUUUUUCACACAAGGAGCUUAAAAAGAUUACACAAAGUUUCUCCAAGAGCAACUAUCUCGGUGAAGGCGGGUUCGGGCAGGUGUACAAAGGUUUCAUUGAUGACAAGCUUAGGCCUGGAUUGGAAGCUCAGCCUGUCGCUGUUAAGGUCUUGGAUUUAGAUGGCAAACAAGGACAUAGGGAGUGGCUGGCUGAAGUGAUUGUUCUUGGGCAACUGAAGCACCCAAAUCUUGUUAACUUGAUCGGGUACUGCUGUGAAGACGAUCACAGGCUUCUGGUGUACGAGUACAUGGAGAGAGGCAACUUAGAUCACCAGCUAUUUAAACGUUAUGGUGGAACCCUGCCUUGGCUAACAAGAAUCAAGAUAGCAAUUGGAGCUGCAAAAGGCCUCAGUUGCCUCCAUGAGGAAGAAAAGCCAGUCAUAUACCGCGAUUUUAAGACUUCGAACAUCUUACUGGACUUGGAUUACACGGCUAAGCUGUCUGAUUUCGGUCUUGCCAUAGAUGGCCCGGAAGGAGAUGAAACACACAUUACAACGCACGUCAUGGGAACUCAUGGCUACGCAGCUCCAGAAUACGUCAAGACAGGUCAUUUAACAGCAAUGAGCGAUGUAUAUGGCUUCGGCGUAGUUCUUUUGGAACUACUAACUGGUAGAAGGUCCGUGGAUGAGAGCCGUCAUGGUAGAGAACAGAACCUAGUGGAGUGGUCCAAACCGUUUUUGAAGGACACACAUAAACUUGACCGCGUGAUGGAUCCUAGGCUCGAGGGUCAGUACUCAACCGAAGGGGCUAGAAAAGCAGCUGCAUUGGCUCACCAAUGCUUGAACCACAACCCCAAAUGUAGACCAACGAUGAGCAGUGUGGUCAAGACCUUAGAGCCUCUUAUGGACUUGACUAAUGACAUCCCAAUCGGACCCUUUGUGUACGUUGUUCCAACUGAGGAAGAAAACAAAGUUAGUGUGCAUAGGGUUGAAAGAGAGGGGCAAGUUGAGUGUGAUGUGGUGAAAAACGAGAGCAAAGGUGAAGAAAAAGUGGUGGAAACGAGGGCGAAGGGCCUCCACAGGAGACGUAAAGCUCAUCGGUAUAGAAACCGGAUUAAGUCAUUGAGGUCUAGUACCGUUUAUUCUGAUACUGCUCUUUAUAGAAUUCUUGGAACUGAUUUGUACUCUCCCAAAUAAGCAAUUGAUGUCGUUAGGGAAAAAAUGCACAUGCUUUAGCACGA